AGGAGGAGGAAGAGAGGCAGCCGAGGAAGAGCAGCAGCAGCCCGAAUGGGAAGGGAGAAGGACGGCUGAGGAGCGGGGCCCGGGCCUGGCGUCUUAUUCCUCAGGCAGCUGCGGCCUGGCGUAUUCCGGAGCAGGGCCUUUUUCUCGGGCCGGAGGGGGGCGAGAGAGAGGAGGCACUUUCCACCCUUCUGGGGUCUUCGUGUCCCCCCACCCACCCCAAGGCUUCAGGGCCGCCGCUUCUCUGGGAUUCCUGCUUCUCUUCCCACUGCAACCUUUGUUUGUUUGUUUAAAGUCUCUGUCCUUGUCAAAGAGAAGAAGAGGCCGCUUUGCGUUCUGUGUCCUUCGUUGUUGUUGUUUUGUUGUUGUUGUUGUUUGUUGCUGCAAGGUUUUUCCUGUUAGCGUUGUCCUCUGUUAUCGCCGGUGUGUCAGGGUUGCCCUCCCUGGGUAAUAAGAAGCGUUGGUAAAUAAUAACGGAGGGCAGGGCUAAUAGGGAUACUUAAUAAUGAAUGGUGGUGGUAAAUAAAUCGCCCUGCUGCUUGGUUAUGUUAAUAUUAGAGUUGUUUAGAGCGCUUCUUCUUCUCACAGUCCUUUUUUUCUGGCGGGGGGGGGGAUACUGGUGGUCUUGGGACCUCUCAGUCUUAUUACAUCGUGUUAUAGAUAAUAUGUUGUAUCCAGUGCUGCUCGGAAUAAACCUACUGAGAUUAAUGGACCUAAAUUAGUCGUGCCAAUUUAUUUUGAUGAGUUUGCUCUGAGUUGGAGUUGGCAUUGGAUACAACCUUACAUGUGUGUGUAUGCCUAUGUACUCUCUCAUAUGGCGAUAACAGCCCUGUAAGGUAGCUGUUAUUGUGAAUGGGGGUGAGGCGGGUCAUGGGAGAGAAUAACUGCUAGCGUAAGCCCGCCUGAUGAGUUUGUGGCCAAGGUGAAAACUGAAUCUGGACUCUUCUGUCUCGCUUAGGAGCAUGCAGCCUGCUCCUGUGCCUCUUUUUAUUCUGGAGUAAAGUCCCGCUGAAUUCAGUAGGGCUUACCCCCACAAAUAAGUGGGCAAAUUUACUUGAAAGUAAGGCUUGCUGUAUUCAGUGGGACGUAGUUUCAAGGAAGCGUACACGGCCCCCAAAUAUUGGCCUCUUAACUCUUGCUCAACUGCAUGGGACAUUUGAGGAACAUAAACAUACAUGUAAGUAAAUAAAGAAAUGCAAGGGGUGCACCCAUGUUUUAGGCCUGAGACUAAUUUGUGUGGCAGAAGAUUGAGUUUGUUCAUUCCCCCCCUUUCCUCCCAUAUGGUGUGUUUCUAUUUUCCCCUUUUAACCCUAGAGCUGAUAUUUUGGUGUGUUUUGUUCUCACCUCCCUGUACAUUGUCUCCCUACCCCCAGUUUAAUGUUAUCAUCAGCACAAAGUCAUCUUUGUUCUCCACAAUAAUUAAUAUCCAAAGUAACUCCCAAUUUAUGCUUCCAUCCUUGCCCUCACCAUGCAGAUUAGACCACAUUGAAAAGGGUGUACAGCAAAUCCACCCAUUUGUGUCUCUGUAAUCUGCUAUGAGUAUGAUUUGGUGAUUGAAGCAGUGCUGUAAAUGACCACUUGCCAUGUUACCUGUGGCAAGUGUAAAUUGCCUCAGGAGACUAGCAAAGGAGCAUGACAAACGUUGGCUUUUAAUAUUGUGAAGACCAUAAAUGUCUAGACAAAAAGAUGUGUGCCCUUACUGGUUUGGGUUAACUUUUGUAGAUUUUGAUCUGCAAGCUAAAGGAUACUGGGGGAGCAUUUAAUCUCUUUUAAGUGAUCUUUGGAAUGUGCCCAGGUGAGACCUUUUAACUCUUACACACCUUGUGUAUGCAUGUGUGUAAUGGAUGAGUUUCGUGAUAUUUCCAUUCAUCCUCAUUCUGCACAACUGUUUGCAAGGUUGCUGGUGCUACCCACUGCGCAUAGGUGACUUUUGCAUGCUCAGCAUUGUGUGGUAUAUCUGCAUAUGAAAAUUAAGACCAUUGUGAGGAAGCCUGGGUUAAUCACCUUCUUUCCCACCCCUGUAUCCUUCACCUUUCCAAAGGACUACAACAUCCCUUUAUUGGUUCAGAGUUGGCUCUGUAUUCAGAUAUAGAGGUUUAUCUUUCUACUCCCCUGAUGUAUUAAACUAGGUUUUACCUAAAGUGGAUAGCGACAUAGAACUGAGAACAUGGACUUUUAUGUGGAAAGACUGGGUUUUACCACUGCAGGGGUGUGACUAGAAAGUCAGAAUGGUGAUUUCAGAAUUACAGUAUUGUUGUGUCAUGGGACUCUGUUUUUACCUUUUCUGAGGUAAAAAGUUGUGUUGGAGGCCAUGUUCCAUUUGUGGUGUUCUGGAUAUGGGGUGUGGUAUGCCAUGCUGAAUUGGGUAGACAUUGUUAUGUGAUUGCUUGCAGGUUUACAGGAGUCUUGACUUGAGUUUGGUUCUGGACUUGAAGCAGUUCUUUCAUCUUGAAAGUAGGCAGUGAUUGCUAAUUUCAGGUUUUCUUGCAUAUAAAUAUACUGUUGCUGGAAUUUGUUGUUUUUGAAGGCCAUUUCAUUCUAUACUUUUUACUAUAGGCUUCACAAUCUCUUCCAGAUCAGUCUGUCUAGCUGUAAAGAAGGAUUUUUUUCAAAACCAUUCACCACCAGCACAAUCCUAACCAUGUCUACUCAGAAGGAAGUUCUAUUGCAUUCAGUGGGGCUUACUUCCAAAUAAAAGGAACCAAUUACCUUGACUUAAAAAAGAACAUUGAGGAUGCUGAAGGGAUCUAGAAGACAUAUGAAGAAAGGCUGAAGGAACUUUUGAAGUAACAGAACACUGAACCAACGCCUGGAAUUUUUGGAAGGAAUAUUCUGGUACCAGCUGAUUGUUACAUGAUAUACAGCGCUACAGACAAUUGAAAGCAGGGACAAGGCUCUGCCUAUUAACCCGACUCUGUCAUGGAUGAAGAGACUCAACACAGCCUUGAAUGCAUCCAAGCUAAUCAGAUCUUCCCCAGAAAGCAGCUGAUCCGUGAGGAUGAGAAUCUCCAGGUCCCAUUCCCCGAACUUCAUGGGGAGAGCACUGAAUACGUAGGUCGAGCCGAAGACGCCAUCAUUGCACUUUCCAACUAUAGACUUCACAUCAAAUUUAAGGAAUCAAUUGUGAAUAGACUCUGUAAACUUGCCGCUUGUGAGCUCUCAGUUCCAUUGCAGCUUAUAGAGAGUGUUGAAUGCCGGGAUAUAUUUCAGCUUCACUUGACUUGUAAGGACUGCAAAGUUAUCAGAUGUCAGUUCUCUACCUUUGAGCAGUGUCAAGAGUGGCUUAAGCGGCUGAGCAAUGCCAUCCGCCCUCCUUCAAAGAUAGAGGAUCUCUUUUCAUUUGCUUACCACGCCUGGUGUAUGGAGGUGUAUGCUAGUGAAAAAGAACAGCAUGGUGAUUUGUGUCGACCAGGAGAACAUGUAAGUUCGAGAUUUAAAAAUGAGGUUGAACGGAUGGGUUUUGAUAUGAACAAUGCCUGGAGGAUCUCCAACAUCAACGAGAAGUACAAGCUCUGCAGCAGCUACCCUCAAGAACUCAUAGUUCCUGUUUGGAUCACAGACAAAGAGUUGGAAAGUGUGGCAGGCUUCCGAUCUUGGAAACGCAUCCCUGCUGUGGUUUACAGGCAUCAGGGCAAUGGGGCGGUCAUUUCCCGUUGUGGGCAGCCAGAGGUCAGCUGGUGGGGCUGGAGAAAUGCUGACGACGAACAUCUUGUCCAGUCAGUGGCCAAAGCUUGUGCCUCAGAUUCCAAGUCUAACAGCAGUAAACUAGUGAAUGGAAACUGUUCAAGAGAUUUCUCCAACGGAGGGGAUCUCUCUGAUGUAGAAUUUGAUUCCUCCAUCUCCAAUGCUUCAGGAGCAGAAAGUCUAGCCAUUCAGCCUCAGAAACUUUUGAUCUUGGAUGCACGUUCUUAUGCAGCUGCAGUGGCAAACAGGGCCAAAGGGGGAGGCUGUGAAUGCCCAGAGUAUUAUCCAAACUGUGAAGUAGUGUUUAUGGGGAUGGCAAAUAUCCAUUCUAUUCGGAAGAGCUUUCAGUCGCUGCGUUUGCUCUGCACACAAAUGCCGGACCCAGGAAACUGGCUGUCAGCUCUGGAAAGCACCAAGUGGCUGCAACAUUUGUCUGUCCUCCUGAAAUCGGCACUUCUGGUAGUUCAUGCAGUGGACAGAGAUCAGCGGCCCGUCUUGGUGCACUGCUCAGAUGGCUGGGACAGAACCCCGCAGAUAGUGGCUCUGGCUAAGCUGCUGCUGGAUCCAUAUUACAGGACCAUCGAGGGUUUCCAGGUGCUUGUGGAGAUGGAGUGGCUGGAUUUUGGCCAUAAGUUUGCCGAUCGCUGUGGUCAUGGCGAGAAUUCGGAUGACCUGAAUGAACGAUGCCCAGUGUUCCUGCAGUGGCUCGACUGUGUCCAUCAGCUCCAGAGGCAGUUCCCCUGCUCUUUUGAGUUUAAUGAAGCAUUCCUUGUCAAGUUGGUGCAGCACACAUACUCCUGCCUCUUUGGUACAUUCCUGUGCAACAACGCGAAGGAGAGAGGUGAAAAGCACACCCAAGAGAGGACCUGUUCAGUUUGGUCUCUGCUGCGAGCAGGAAACAAAGCCUUCAAAAAUCUGCUUUACUCCUCCCAAUCAGAAUCUGUGCUGUAUCCUGUGUGCCACGUGCGAAACCUCAUGCUGUGGAGUGCCGUUUACUUGCCAUGUUCUUCCCCUUCGACCCCUGCGGAUGACACCUGUGCCCCUUACCCAGUCCCAGGUUCCAGCCCUGAAGACCAGCCUCUGGGCAGGCUGCCAAAGACAAGGUCAUUUGACAAUCUGACAAUGGCUGGUGACAGCAGCGUUCUGACAACCAACCGGCGUAGUAGCGACCCCAGCCUCAACGAGAAGUGGCAAGAGCACCGCCGGUCCCUGGAGUUGAGCAGCCUUGGGAACCCAGAGGAAGACCCCUUUGACGGAGAAUGUGUGAGCAAACAAGGCAGGACUCUGGUUGGAGCAGAGCUUUCGGUGGCUGUAGCAGAGGGGCAGAUGGAGAACAUUUUGCAAGAGGCUACCAAGGAGGAAGUGAGCCUGGAGGAAUGUGUGAGGGGCGUUCCGGAAACAGCAGGUAAAGAAGGGGGAGAGGACGCCGCUCUUGAUGCGGAAAGCAGGACUGAGAACCUGGACAGCUCUACUGAUAACAUGGGUGGGAAGACUGAACUGGAUACAGCAACUUCAUUAGACAAUCCAGUUUCCAGCCCACAGAUGGAUUUACAGGGUGCUUUUGAGCUUCAAGGGCAAGAUGUCCAGAAACCAUCUCAGGUGAAGGAACUACGGCCUGGCUUUUUGGGCAAUGCUGCAAAUAGUAAUAACAUUCAGAGAGCAGAGGAGGACAGUGUUAGUAGGCUAACUGUAGAGGUCAAAAUCCCUCAGGGCACUCCCCAGCCCAGCCUACCAUUUCCUGUCCUGCAUGAGAUGGGAACAUCAAACAUGGAGAGCUCUACAGAAACUUUAACAGAGAAUGGGGCAAAGACGGAACUGAUCCAGAAUGUCUCUUGCCAUUGGCUCCAUCCCAUGGACAACAGUGCUGGCGAACUUUCCCGCACUGUCGAAAGUCGGCCUGAGAACGAGGACUCGAUAGAGCUACACAAACUGGCAGCGAACCUAAACAGGACUACUAAGAGCAGCAGCUUACAUGACCCAAUGCCUUCACCUUGUGCCUUGCCUUUAGCUGACUAUAAAGAGAUUGUGUGCAAUGGAGAGCUGGAGCCUGAGAACAAGGUGGCAGAGAGCCCAGCAGGGUUCAGUGUUACCCAGAAAUACCCUGCACCAAACGGACACUGUGUGAACGGGGAGGAAGGCAGGGUAAAGGCUUCCCUCAGCCGACAGGUCUCUACAGCUAGCUGUAGUUCUGCCCCGCUGCAUCUGAGGAAUUUGCACCACAAGUGGGUUCAUGCUAUUCCAGGCCGGCAGCAGACAGCAAACAGCCCGGACCAGCCUGCCCGGAGUCACCUGGAUGACGAUGGGAUGCCAAUCUAUGCUGAUGUCAUUCAGCAGCGCCUCCGCCAGAUUGAAAGUGGGCACCAGCAGGAAGUGGAGACUUUAAAGAAGCAGGUGCAGGAGCUGAGGAGCCGUCUAGAGAGCCAGUACCUGAACAGCUCACUACGUUUCAACGGGGAUUAUGGGGAUGAAGUGACUUCAAUCCCUGACUCGGAAAGCAAUCUGGAUCAGAACUGUUUGUCUCGCUGCAGUACAGAGAUUUUCUCUGAAGCCAGCUGGGAGCAGGUGGAUAAACAGGACACAGAGGUGACACGAUGGCUUCCUGAUCACCUGGCUGCACACUGUUAUGGCUGCGACAGUGCAUUCUGGCUUGUCAGCAGGAAGCACCACUGCAGGGACCCUGACUGUGUUGAUCAGACCCGGAAUUGUGGGAAUGUCUUUUGCUCCAGCUGCUGUAACCAGAAGGUGCCGGUCCCCAGCCAGCAGCUCUUCGAACCCAGCCGGGUCUGCAAAUCCUGCUACAGCAGCUUGCAUCCCAGUAGCCCCAGCCUUGACCUUGAACUGGACAAACCUAUUGCUGCCACCUCAAACUGAGACUCCAGCGUGGAAGGAAAGCCGGGAAGAGACAGCACCACCUCUCCCUGCUAAGCAGAUACGCACAUUUCUCUGCUGACUGAAGCUGGUAGGACUGGAGAGAAGCCUUGCACUCUGGAGUUGGGAGGAGAGAUGAUGACAUGCUCAGAGGGACAGGAUGCUGGGCCAGUACUGGUGGAGCAGAAACCCCUCCUUUCCAGCUGUUCCCCCCAGUGUCAUUUUCAUCCACCUCAUGUAAAUUUUGUGUGGAUUUUGCUGGAAGAUGAAGAAAAGAAGGUCUGGAAUCUUCCCCGCUGGCAUUUCUGUUGCCCUGCUGUCGGAACUGUGCUGCAGACGGAUAAUUCCACCUUGCUGUGAGAGGAAGGGUAAUCGGUCCAGAGACCUUGUGAAUACCUUUUAGCGUCAGUGCUUAUGCUUUCUUUUUUCCAGUCACUCCUGUUACUUCCCAACAGCAACCUGCUGUUUGGGAAGUUGUUGCUGCUAGAAGAAAUGGGAGCUGCCUUCUCAAAAAACAAACAAACAAAAAACCUCUCUCCCUCUGUUCUUAGAGUGGGCUUAGUUAUCCUUGCUACACGAAAGGGCAGGCGGGGGACAGAAUUGGUUGCAGCUCUCCACAUUGGGCAGUCCUUUGCUGAUGUUGGCAGACUUGUGGCUUAAAGUAGGCAAUGCCUGGACCACUUUGGCUAAAGAAAGUGUACACUUGUUUGAGGGAAGUGAAAGGGAAGGGGGAUUGGACAGGCCAUUCCUGUUCAGGGUUGUAUUUUUAAACUGGCACCUCAGUGUAAGACUCUUGUACAUGCAAUUUGUUUUGAAGGAACUGGUGUUUGGGCUUAUUAGUAGCUAUUAAAAUGCUAUCCUUGCCCCCACUUUUUUUCUUUCGUAAAAAAAGAUAGUUUACACAGAAGGCAGAGCUGCUUCGCUGCACUGGGAAGGCUGCAUGCAAAGUCAAAUAAUACUGUCGGCCAGGCUCCCCCUCUCACAAGGAGAACCCCAAAGCAAAUGGGGGAUGGCUUUGAUUUGUUGGUUUUUUUUCUACAGAGGAGAGUCAGCGAAAACUGGUUUGCCAAGGCCCCAAACUAGGGCAUUUUAAAAACUGCCCCCCCCCAAUAUGUAAAGAUAAAACUCACUGAAAUAAAAAAUGUGCCCCUUACAUUAAAAUCACUUUUCUACUGCUGUGCUAUGAAGAGUUUUGAGUCCCCCUAUAUUUAUUUUAAUAUCGUCUUCCCAACCCAACCCUGCCAACAAAAAACCCCUUAUAGGUUUUGCUUGGUGGGUGUGAAAAUAAAUACAUUUUUUCUGCAAUUCAUUUGCCAGGGGAAGCUGAAGCAGCUUCUGCCUAAUAUUCCACCAAGUAGUGAUGUGCCUCUAUCUUCCUUUCCUUUCCUCUGCCCCAGCCUGUAGAAUUUGACUACUGAACAUGUUUCCCUUAUCACACAGCUGCCACCACUUGAGACUGCCUCAGCUUGAGAUGUCUUCCUCAUGGCACAAGUUCGUAGGCAGCACUGAGCUCCCUGUGGUUCUUACACAUUGUGUGGGCAACUGUACCCAAGCCAGCAACUGCCGGGAAUGUGUGGCAAUGCCAUUAAAGCCCUCCAACCAUACCAAGGGGGGCUGUGUAUUAAUAGCAGCAUGGAGGAAGAAGAGAGACUCCAGGGAGGUCAUUUCAAGCAGCAGUGGUGUAAUAAGCAAACCAAUCUUCUGAAAAGAGAUUGCAAACUUAGAAUUAACCUAUUGCCAAGAUAGGGCAAUGCCUUCUAAAGUGACGUUUUAGAGUGUAUUGGAAUACCUGAUAGAAGAAAGCCCUGUCAGCAAACUUUUGUUUGUUUCCCUGUUCUCUGUGAAAAGGUGUGUGUGUUGAUUACAACACAGUCAUACAAAGGAAGCAUUUGGGAAUGAAAAUCAAGCCUUUCCAAGAGGCAUAGGAAGAGACUUUGCACCUUUUCAGGCAGCUUGGGGGAUGUACGUAGCUUCUUUGUACUCCUUUCUUCCAGCAGGGAGAAGGGGCAAUACAAAGCCUGGCUCGUAAGUUGGCUUUUGGAAUUUUAAUAUGAAAUUAAAUGUUAUGGGAAUAUGCAGCAAAGAUGCAUAGCAAUCUUUUUUUAAUAGAGGUGGGAGUUGGAAUGGAGUAAAUGGAGUUUAUCUGUACUUAUCCAUUAAAGUGGGUGAAUAGAGAGAUGGUUGUUGAAGGAAAAGCAUAAUUGUGGCAGUGUGGUUUUAAUGGUACAAAUAGAUGGUGAAAACAAGGUUUAAUAUUCUGCAGUUCAUAACGACAGGUGCCAAGAGGUUCUGAUACGGGUUUUUUUUUGCGGGGGGUGUCUGUGAUGUACAGUGUGAAUAAACGCUUGCAGCUCUUAGUCUUUUUGAUCAAUGAAGCACUUUUUUAUUAAUAUUUUAUUCUUUGUAUGUAAAGCAGGACACUCGCGCCACAUAGCUGUAUAAAACUCUUCUCUCCUGAAGAGGAGCGCAAAGUUGCUCCUUUAUAUUUUUCAAUUUUCUUUUGUCAAGAGCAAGACGUAAAUACUUUAGAAUUGUUAAAUAUAUAAAUAAAAGUGAAUAAAGUUUAGAAUUUUGCAUGGGA